CCGUCAACAGACUUGUCGAACAAUUUGAUACGAACUGUGUCCAAUCGUCCCGUCGACUCGUCUUCAGUGACCCAACCGAUCGACAAUUCCUCCGUUCAGCAGCCCGAUGACCAUGAAGCAAAUCUAUUCUCAACUACUAAUCCCGAAGAAUGUGCUCAGACUCCAGUAGAAGAGAUUGUUCGUUCAUCCUCGAACCGGCUAACUCAAGCCAGUCACCAACUUGCGGCAGCCUUGAUAUCAGCACCUGCAUCGAAUGGAUUGCUGUUUGUAACUGAGGCAAAUGUAAAGUCACGUAUACCUGGUCAUGGAGUCCAAAUGCAUGAGAAAUUAUCGGCUCGAUCUCGACGUCGCACAACAAAUUCUAUUCAAGAACUGGAACAAAAACAAACUCGGGCUCGUAUUUUGCGCCAGCAACAUUUACUGGAACGUGCGGAGCGUGUGCACGAAUUGAGCAAAAAGGUUGAAGAAGUGCACAUGCAAAAGCGACUGCUGUUGCAUCAGCGUCGAUCAUGCUUGGAACGCCGAUUACACGCAGCCGAGCGGAAACGUCAAGCAGAGUUGGAACGUCGCGUGCUCAAGGCACAUGACGAAGAAACCAAAGGUCGUGAAAUCGCAUUCAUCCAGACCCUGGAAGCUGAACAGAAACAGCAUAGUAUUUUGACAAAACAUGAAGAAAGUCAGGCGCGUUUGCAUGAACUGGCGGCCGAGCGUCGUCGAAGGCUCGAAGAGAAGUUGUGCCGCGAAGAGGCAGCCAAAGGACGUCGCAGGGCUUUAGAAGCUUCUCGGCGGGCUCGUCUAGAUGCACUACAAGCCCGCUGGGAAAGUCGGGCACAGCAACUUGCUUCUCGUGCCGAACUCCUGGAACAUUCUCGUCGGGCUGCAGCUCGAGCCAAAGAACUCCAUCGAGAAGUCAAAAUCGCCAGCCUUGAAGAGCAGCAACGGACGCACAUAGAACAACUUCGUACGAAAAUCCAACGCAAGUACUUUCCAAUGUCUUAUCAAGCCGCCCUGUACAAUCCACUAUUACUCAACGUGCCACCCACCACCACCCGUGAUUUCACUCUCUUCAUACUUCAGCAAGAAGAGUCUGAACGUAGGCAUCAAGAACAGCUUCGUGAAAUCAGCCGCAAGGCGUUCGAAAUGUCCAUCCUUACUCAUACAGCAGAUGACUCCAUCACGGCUGCUGGAAUGGAACCUUAUCCUAUUCAGAAGUGGUGUCGUGCUUGCCAAGUCACGAUUGUUUCUGAGGUCGCUCUGAAAAGUCACCUUCAAGGCAAACGACAUCAAAAUGCCGUACUAGAGGCUGGUCGAAAUCGACCUUGGGACAGAUCUGAUGUGGUAAGUCUAUGA